UUUAUGUAAUUAACCACACCACCGGGCUCUCUUUCUUGUUCGCCGCCCCGCUCCUCCACACUCUUCUUCACUUCUUCCUCCCUCCUUUUGCUUUCCUCCAGCCUCCUUAAGCUCGAACGAUGCUCCAGUUCCAUCGUCUCGGUCUUUUUUGGAAGAACUGAUUCCCAGAGUAAGUGUUUGUAAUCUCUGGACAAUCAAGUCAGUUGGGUAACCUAAAAACCAAGAGACUUCGCGAUGGCUGAGAACGAUCAGGAAAAGAGAGUGGCCGAUAGGUAUCUCAAGCGUGAAAUUCUUGGUGAAGGUACUUACGGUGUCGUCUACAAGGCCAUUGAUACCAGAACUGGACAGACCGUUGCAAUCAAGAAAAUCCGGCUCGGGAAGCACAAGGAAGGGGUGAAUUUUACAGCUCUCAGAGAGAUUAAACUGCUGAAAGAACUUAAAGAUCCGAGUAUAAUCGAGUUGAUCGAUGCAUUCCCUCACAAGGGGAACUUAAACCUUGUGUUUGAGUUCAUGGAGACUGAUCUGGAAGCAGUUAUUCGUGAUAGGAAUAUAUUUCUCUCACCAGCUGAUAUCAAAUCAUACUUUCAAAUGACGCUGAAAGGUCUAGCCUUUUGCCACAAGAAAUGGGUUUUGCAUAGGGACAUGAAGCCAAAUAAUUUGUUGAUAGGGUCUGGUGGACAACUUAAACUUGCAGAUUUUGGUUUAGCUCGUGUAUUUGGGAGCCCCGAUCGCAAGUUCACUCAUCAUGUGUUUGCUCGGUGGUACAGAGCACCUGAACUGUUAUUCGGGGCAAAGCAGUAUGGUUCUGGUGUUGAUGUGUGGGCUGCGGCAUGCAUACUUGCAGAACUUCUAUUGCGCCGGCCCUUUCUACAGGGGUCAAGUGACAUUGAUCAGUUAGGAAAGAUUUUCCAAGCAUUUGGGACUCCAACACCUUCACAAUGGCAUGAUUUGGUAUACCUUCCUGAUUAUGUCGAGUACCAAACAGUUCCUUCGCAACCUUUGCGUAAAUUGUUUCCAAUGGCUAGCGAGGAUGCCCUGGAUCUGUUAUCAAAGAUGUUCACUUAUGAUCCAAACAGUAGGAUUACAAUCCAACAGGCAUUGGAACACAGGUACUUCUCAUCUGCCCCUUUACCUACGGAACCCGCUAAGCUUCCCAGACCUGCUCCCAAGGGGCAACCUCUCAAUGCUAGGGUUUCAGAUUUGAAUUCCCAGGCUGCUCCAACUGUUUUGUCACCUCCAAGGAAGACGAGAAGAGUGAUGGCUGAACGUGAAAGCUUUGAUGUAAAUGUCCACCAACAACUUGAUAAGAUUGAUGAAAAUGCACAAAUGAGACAACAUACAGCUGGUGAUAACUCGGGCAGGACUGACCACAUGCCAAUGUCAGUAGAUCUUUCAGUGUUCGGAACAAGACCCAUGAGCAGACCAACAAUUAACAGUGCUGACAGAUCCCACCUGAAGAGGAAACUAGAUCUUGAAUUCCAGUAGCCAAAUUAAUGGCACACCCUGUGCAGAUAGAUUACUAAUUUGUCGUGCGCUCUGAUGAACCACUGCUGCUUAAUCCGGUAUCGAUCGAUCUCUCUCUGCCACUCUAUACUACAACUUCCCCAACUGUAAUUAAUCGUGUCGAGAACAUCUUUCGGUGAGCCAGCCUCAUGGACCUUUUCCCUUGCUCGUUGGAGGAUCCGGUGGCCUUCCUCCUCCUGCUACUGCUCGAAGGGACACUGCUGCAGCUGGUGCCGAUGAGCCGGUUUCCUGCUGCUGUAGUUGCUGAUUCAUGAAGCUAGCAGUUGCAGGGGAGGAUCCUCUGCUGCUGUCAUCGCUGGACGAUGUUCUUCUUCUUCCUUCUGCUGCAGCUGCUGAUCCUGAUCAUGAGGCUGACGACGAUCGUCGUCUUCCUCUUGGCGAAAGCCCAAGCAGUUGAGGAAGGGUUUAAGGGCCUCCAAGCACUGGAUGUGCAGAACAGAGUCAAUGUUGAACAACCACCUUGUCCCUUCCAUCUCCUCUCACUGCAAAUCUUCUUCUUCUUUGUUUCUUCUGUUCUGUAGGGUUGGAGGGUUUGGUUGGUAAUGUUAGUUGCUGUAUAAUAAAG